CUGUUAAAAGGAAUCAUCACCUGCUUCUAAGUCACUGGUGAAAUCUUUUGAGGAAGAAAUCAACAGCUUUACUUUGGAUUCCUCAUCAUCCCAUUGAAACACAUUUAGUGAGAGAGAAUUUUUAUAAUAAUGCAGUUAAUUGUUCUAUGUUUGGCGAUAAUUUGGCCCUGGACGGUACUUUCAGACGAAGUACCAUCGGCACUGAGAAGUACAGAGAUAGAAAACGAUUUUUUGCGAGGAGGAUUCGAUCGUAGGAUAUUAUCACACACUUUGAAACAGAAACACGUAUUGGCUCAUAUAAUAAAAUCAGCUGCCGAAGAUUUACUAGCUAACGAGGCUCUACAGAUGAAAACGUAUGAAGAAAGUGAUUGGCCAUCUGAUUCAAAUGUUGUUACUGAAGAUGGUAUCGACUAUGCAGCUACUGGAAGCGAGGAAACUGAAGUGUCAAAAAGAGGAAAUUGUCCUGGGGAUCGAUGUCUCCGAAUCAAGAAAAAACCAAAACAGACAAGUGCAUGUUCACACAACGCCUGUCUGCGUAUUCUUCCCUUUGGAAAGCGCGCGUCACCACGGUCGUCCUCACAAGGCUGGCAAAAGCGAGGAAGUGGAAAAACAAGGACUGCUGGCGGUGGUGGAAGAACGGACUUGAGACCGUCAUUCGCUUUUGGUAAAAAAGACUUUUAAUGAAUUAAAGAAACUGUCUCACUAAGUGUUGUAUGAUCUACCAUUCUAUCAGUUCAAAUUUAAACAAACUUGUGUGCGAAACAAUUUUUAUUUUGCUUCAACUGGCCAAUUACAAAGUCCAGAACUUUCGUCAAUUAUAUCAAUGUUAUCAUAUUAUUUGAUUAAUAGUAUUUGUGCAUCGAUCGAAACACUUUCUAUCAGGAGAGAACCCGGUGUGUUGAGUUCUAUUUAAACAAGCGAAGUAGAAAACCGCCACAAACGAAUACUAUAGACAGUAGAAUGAAUUAAGUUGCAUAAUAAUGUAUCAAGUCAUCGAUGUGUACACAUCAUAAUUAUAUAAAAAAUUUACAUAUAAAUGCAUACCGUAUAAAUUAAUUAUUGUAUAAAAUCAGAAUUACUAACAACAGGAUGCACCUAAAAGUUCAUCAUUUUUGUUUCCAUAUUUUAGGAAAUGCAGUUUAAACAACAAUUAAAUGGCAUAAAAUAAUAAUCACAAAAUUUAAAACAUUAGUAUCGGGGACAAUUCUAGGGAUUAUCAAAAGCGGAUCAAAUCAUGUGAUGUGCUGUUCCAAUAUUAGGAUGUGUCGCUGUCGUAUUAGGACGUGUUGCUUCCAAAGUACGGUACUAUAAUAAUAUGUAAAUAAUAGCCUCAUACUAAUAUUACUUUAUUAACUAACAUUAUUUUUCUGAUGAACAAGGUGAAUACAAUUAUGAAUUUCACUUGCAAUGUUAUUCCGUGCUGUUAUAUAUGCUGACAAUAAAAUAGGUACGCCAGCAACUAGUAAACGGCAAAGUAACUGCAGUUCUUCUAAUGUGUUUUUGCUGAACCAAAAAAAGUACAUAAAAAUACAUAGGCAUAAUAUUAAAUAUAUGUACAUAUAAAAUUAUAUUGGAAGACAAUAAAUAGUCUUGCUGGCAGUUAUUUGUUCUAAGAAUCACUUAUGUCAGUUCCAGCCAUAAAUAUAUAUCACAACAAAGAAUUUGGAUAUAAGGCGCGUAUACGACUCCAGUUCGUCUGCUGCCGUUCGUCCCUCAAACAUUUUCGAUGUUUUAUAACCUGAUAGCCUAGGCCUGUACAAUCAUCGCAGCAACCCUACCUAAUUCGUGCCAUUGUGGACCUUGAUGAUGACGCGUAGAAGAAAAUGUGUGCAGUGUGAGUCUGGAUUGAUAACAUUUCCUGUAACAACCAGGCGUAGUCCCCAGCUUGGUUAUUGUAUCCUCCUCGACGUAAACCGUGUUUGUUUUGAUAAAAUAUGGGCAGGUUUUCUCUUGCAACAAUUAGUAAAGUAACACCUAUUACAGAACAUUUUUAAGCUAAGAUAUCUUAGUUCUAAAUUUAGGCCCUAUAAUUGUCUUAGUUUCAAUUCAAGAUACGAUACUGUAAUUAGAUUUAUCUCUAUUUGAAAAUAAAUUGUCCACUUUUAAACCGGGAUGCCUUAAGUGAGCCAAACUGUCUUAGAAUUAGAAAUAGAGUUAAGUUUGUUUACAACUUAAUUUUUGAUAAAAGAUAUCUCUAUCACUGGAUACAUUUCUGUUUAAUGAAAAUAUCUAAGUGUCAAUCUAAAAUAUCUCUAUUUAUUAAGUUUCUGAUAGAAAUCGUACCAUAGAGCUAUUAUAGUGAACUAAUACCUCCAUGAUCGUACUGUAGUAUUGAAAAUGACGCUACAUUAUCUUCUUAGUUCACUCACAUAGAGAAUACGUUGUUAACAUAAUAGGAAGUUUUCUCAAGCUUACGAAAACGAUAACGAAUACGGUUACUGGUACUAUGGAGGAAUUUACGUCAUCAAAUGUGUAGACUGCCCUUCCCCUAGUAACAUAUCUGUCACAAUUUUUACAUGAAUCAAGGAUCUUAUUCAGCUCGUACAGCGUAUUGUCAAGACUGUUUUAGGCACGAAUGACGAUAAUGAUAAUGACGUAUUCGUCAUCGUCAUCGUUUUCGUAAGAUUGAAAAUCUGCCUAUUAUCGUUGUGCUAGCUUAUAAUUUUCUUUCACUCUAAUAAUAAAAAUGAGAUUGUUGAAAUUGCAAAAA